GCGGCGCCGGUGGGGAAAGUUCGCGGCGGCGAAGGCGGCGGCGGCGGCGGCAUGUGAGCGCCGCUCGGCUCCCUCUCCGCGGCCGCAGGAUGUACUCGCCGCUCUGCCUCACGCAGGAUGAGUUCCACCCUUUCAUCGAAGCACUUCUGCCCCACGUGCGCGCCUUCGCCUAUACGUGGUUCAACCUGCAGGCCCGGAAGCGAAAGUACUUCAAAAAGCACGAGAAGCGCAUGUCCAAGGAGGAGGAGAGGGCCGUGAAGGACGAGCUGCUGAGCGAGAAGCCAGAGGUCAAGCAGAAGUGGGCGUCGCGGCUGCUGGCCAAGCUGCGCAAGGACAUCCGGCCCGAGUACCGGGAGGAUUUCGUGCUCACGGUCACGGGGAAGAAGCCCCCGUGCUGCGUGCUUUCCAACCCAGACCAGAAGGGCAAGAUGCGGAGGAUCGACUGCCUGCGCCAGGCCGACAAGGUCUGGAGGCUGGACCUGGUGAUGGUCAUCUUGUUUAAGGGCAUCCCGCUGGAAAGUACUGAUGGUGAGCGCCUCGUGAAGUCCCCACAGUGCUCAAACCCGGGGCUCUGCGUGCAGCCCCACCAUAUAGGGGUGUCCGUCAAGGAGCUGGACCUGUACCUGGCCUACUUCGUACACGCGGCAGAUUCAAGUCAAUCUGAAAGUCCCAGCCAGCCAAGUGAUGCUGACAUUAAGGACCAGCCAGAAAAUGGACAUCUGGGUUUCCAGGACAGCUUUGUCACAUCAGGAGUCUUCAGUGUGACUGAGCUUGUACGAGUGUCACAGACACCCAUAGCUGCAGGAACUGGCCCCAACUUUUCUCUGUCAGAUUUGGAAAGUUCAUCAUACUACAGCAUGAGCCCGGGCGCCAUGAGGAGGUCACUACCCAGCACGUCCUCCACCAGCUCCACGAAGCGCCUCAAGUCCGUGGAGGACGAGAUGGACAGUCCUGGAGAGGAGCCAUUCUACACGGGCCAGGGCCGCUCCCCAGGCAGUGGCAGCCAGUCCAGUGGGUGGCACGAGGUGGAGCCAGGAAUGCCGUCUCCAACCGCGCUGAAGAAGUCAGAGAAGUCGGGGUUCAGCAGCCCCUCUCCCUCGCAGACCUCCUCUCUGGGGACAGCGUUCACGCAGCACCACCGCCCGGUCAUCACGGGCCCCCGAGCAAGCCCGCACGCCACGCCGUCGACGCUGCACUUCCCGACGUCCCCCAUCAUCCAGCAGCCUGGGCCUUAUUUCUCCCACCCGGCCAUCCGCUACCACCCUCAGGAGACACUGAAAGAGUUCGUCCAACUUGUCUGCCCUGACGCUGGUCAGCAGGCUGGACAGGUGGGGUUCCUCAAUCCCAAUGGGAGCAGCCAAGGCAAGGUGCACAACCCAUUCCUUCCCACCCCAAUGUUGCCACCGCCACCGCCACCACCCAUGGCCAGGCCUGUUCCUCUGCCGGUGCCAGACACGAAGCCUCCAACCACGUCCACGGAAGGGGGCGCGGCCUCCCCCACCUCCCCAACCUACUCGACACCCAGCACCUCCCCCGCAAACCGAUUCGUCAGUGUUGGACCACGGGAUCCAAGCUUUGUAAAUAUCCCUCAACAGACACAGUCCUGGUACCUGGGAUAAAAGUCGCAGCGUCCCACCACCGACCAGACAGACCACCUGACCCCUUCUCAACUCUGUAACCUGGACGCAACCUCAGCCCCGCGGCUACAACUUCACUGUCAGCGGAGGGGAGAAAACACCGAUUCAGACCCACCUGUACAUGGAAACAGCAAGCAUUAUGGUCAAACAGCAAAGGCCAUAACCUUUCGGGAUUUUUUUUAAAUACUUUAGGGACUGUCGCAAUUCCUCAUAUGGUGCUGGAAAUGGCUGGGCCUCGUAGCAUGCGAAUGUUGGCGUGAGCUUAGGAGCCGUGGCUGGCCGAGCCCGCUCCCCGCCUCGUGCCGCAGCACCCCAGAGCCCGCUGUUUCACAGUAUUUCAUGAAUUCGCCCACGUGGUGUGGCCUCCUCGAGCAGGCAGGAGGCGCACGGAGAACUAAACCUUUCGUAGUAGCUGAGAUCUGCAAUCUGUACUUACGGGACAGUCAAAGGGCGCUGUUUCUGUAACAUAUUGGAAAAAGAGAAUGAGUUCUGCUCCUUUCCUAUUUUCUUUCAGUUUGGUUUGGUUCAGCCGUCAGCAGUUCAGCCCAUACCAUGGCCCGCAAGGACAGUGAGUCCGCUCACACUGCAGAACGAUUUCGAAAAUGGCAAACUACUACUACUGUUCAGUUUUUUAAAAGUUUUAAAAUGCUGCACUUACAUUUAAAAAAAGAACAACAUUUUUUUCAACAAUUUCAACAGUGACACAAAAAUUCACAAGGAAAUGGGGAAGAUGGUCUGUUUUGAUAGCAACUGACAGGAAACGAUCGAAACAAUCGAAUUCUGAGUUGAGUGAAGUGCAAUUUCAUUGGAUAGCUGAGUAUCUUUGUAAGAUAGAGAUUGUUGGAAAUUCUAUUUUUGUUUUUCAAGUCCUCCCACCCCAGGACUCUAAAUUAUUGGGGUAAAAAACAGCCUUGCAAGAAAAAGGGGAGCUAUUUUUGCUUUUUAUGUUUUUUAUUGUUAAACUUGUAUCCCUUUAAAAACUGAAGGAAAAUUUAAAAAAAAAAAAAACAAAAAACAAAUCUAAUGGUGCUUUUACCACAAUAUGUUAACUACAUUAAAUGCUAAUUAAUUAUUUUCUGUUAUCAAAGCACAUAACUAAAAUGAAAUCAUGGUAUCUGUUAAUUUCAUAAGCUAGACGUCACUGUCACGCAUUACGCCAACUCUGACAAAUUCUGCAUGUGUCUGGCAGCAGGGUUCACCAGUCAUCCGCGCCUCGCCCCCAGAGCUGGUCCAGGAUCUCGAAGGCCUUCGCGCCCCUGAACUGGGCUGUGGGAAACGGCGACGGUGACGUGAAGCCAGCACUGACACACAGCGGCGGCGCCCGCUCAGGUCAAGGGUACUCGUUAGGGAAUAAAAGAUAGUUUGCACCCCAAAUGUCCUGUAUCUUAUGUUUAAAAAAAGGAAAAAAAAAAGCAGAAACAAAAAAAAAAAAAAUUGCAAGUCAUUUUUCUACCAGACAGCGAAGCUUCCCUUUGCUUCUCACGCAGCCUGGAGGUUCCCUAUGCUAUGCAUAUAUACGCGUCCUGCGGCGGCCGCGCCGGCCCGAGGGAGUCUGCAUGCUCUAGUGUUAGUGACUAAUUUUUAUAUAGUUAAUGUAGGCUAAAGUAGAGUGCGUUAAGACACAAUAUUGUAACCCUCCUCUAGGCACUUGCCUUUAAACUAUGUUUUCCAGCCCUUCAGAAGGGCCCUACUGCUGUCCUAUACAAUCAAGCAACUGAAGUCCUCGGGAAGUCACUUUGCUCCUCACCCCCCCCAGCAAUGUUGUUUUGUUUUGUUUUGUUUUUCCUUAAUUUGCACGAAAACAAAAAUUCCAUAUCAAUGUGCCUUGCCCUGGAUAGCAAUUAUUUGUGGAAUUGUUGCACAUGCUCCUCUGUUGAAAGGGGUUUCCCUGUCAAGCAUUUGGAGACACUUUUUGUAAAUGUGACUUUUAUGUCAGCCACCGUUGGUUUCAACACCUAGAACUGAGUAGACAGUUAGUUGUCCGCAGAUAGGAGUAGUCUCUAUUGUCUGGUGUGGUCAGUGGCAGUGCUAUUCUGAGAUCUGUAGAGGCUUAGAGUGUCCGUAUUUUGGAUGUUGCUGCAUUUUACGAUUUAUUUGGAGUCUUCCUUUCUUUUUCCCCCAGAUGUAUGAAAAUAUGCAAUACCUGCUUAUAUCAUGUAGAGAAGCUUAGCGAUGAUUAAUUUUUCUUUUAUUUUUUUAAUUUGACCAAAGUCAGUACUGCACUUGACGCAGUGUGUGUAGGUGUUUGUCUUUGUACUUUUCUGUGAGUUUUGAAUGCACGUGCGCAGGAAGGGCUCCUCUGAGAGGGCAGUCAAACUGUGAAGCACUAAGCUGACCCUGCUUCAAGCAACUUUGGUUUUACAACUGUUCCUUUCACAAGCAAGCCUUAAAAAGACAACCCCUUUCCUUCAGCUCCCACGCCCCAUUUUUUCUUAGCAGACUGCAGUCAACCCACAUUCAAUGAAAAGUAUAUGAUGCCCAUUUUUAUAUGCACGUUUUUAAACUUCCAAGUUCUGAAAAUUGUUUACUGGUUAUCUCUAUUUAAGGAAAAAUAAUAAAAUAAAGCAUUUUGGAUUUUCCUACGUGUCUGGUAAGUGGUUGAAGAGUCGUUUGGCGCUGUUGUACGGUGUGAUUGUCAGCGUCCGUGUCCCUUCCCUAGCCAGCAGACUCUGCCUUCCCCAACAGCACCUAGCUGGGCAUUACCUUCUGAUGACAUAUGUGCACUAAAAAGAAAAAAGUAGAGAAAAAAAGA